AAAACAUCUAUUACGCUUCAAAACAAGGCUUAAAUCGCAAAGACUGCUAAGAUGCCUACUGCUGUCGUCACUGGUGGGGCUGGAUUCCUGGGCUCGCACCUCGUAGCCCUGUUGCUCAAAGAGGGUUACCACGUCAUUGCGGUCGAUUCCCUUUGGACCGGAUCGGCUGAGAACGUUUCCAGACUAAGGAAGCAUCCCAAAUUUACCUUUCUUCGCCACAACGUCACUAAGCCAUUCCCCAAGAGCCUGGAGAGGGCUGAUCGCAUCUACAAUCUCGCAUGCCCGGCAAGCCCCAAGAAAUUCCCAGAGGCACCCCUUGGGAUCUUGGAGACUUGCUACAUGGGAACCAAGAAUGUCCUCGAGCUAGCAUCCAGAACCGGGGCGCGUGUCUUGCUUGCUAGUACUUCGGAGGUCUACGGUGAUCCGCUCGUCUGUCCACAGACUGAAGAGUAUUGGGGCAAUGUCAACCCGUUCGGUGGGCGAUCUUGCUACGACGAGGGUAAGCGGGUGGCGGAGGCCCUUGCCUACGGCUAUCGCCUUGAGCACAAGGUCGACGUCCGAAUAGGGCGUAUUUUCAACGCCUAUGGUCCCGGUAUCAGGCCCGACGACGGCCGCGUGGUUCCCAACUUCACAGCCGCCGCGCUCAAGGGGAAAAACAUAACAAUUACAGGCGACGGGACCGCAAGCCGCUGCUUCCAGUAUGUCGAAGACUGCGCCAUGGGUCUUUACAAGCUGAUGGAGAGUUCUGUCCUGGACCCCGUCAACAUAGGGCGCGAAGACGAGACCAGCAUCGGGGAGAUGGCGCGGUUGAUCAACGAGAUCGUCGCUAGGCAGACUGGUCGCCCACAAGUGCGGAUUAUAUAUGGGCCGAAGCCUGACGAUGACCCAUACAGAAGAGUUCCAGAUGCGAGCAAGGCGAGACGCGAGCUUGGCCAUGAAGCCAAGAUUGAUCUCAGAGAAGGGCUGGAAAAGACUGUUGAUUGGUUUCUCACCUUGCCGGAAUUCAACCUGCAGAAGGCCAGGCUAUGA